GAGACUUAGAGUCCGAGAGAGAGUUCCAGGACUCUCAUCCUAGAACUGACGCAAACAGAUAAGACAAAUGUCCACGCGUAUUUGUUUGGCCCUCUCAAAACCACAUCAUGAUGUCACCUGAUGGAUCAAAGGCACAUGAAAGGCGGCUGCUUUUGUGUAGUUUGGGCGCCUGGGCGACACGGACACAAAGAAACCCCCUUCAUAACUACAAUAGUUUGAGACUUUUUCUGGGUAAACAUCCAAUGUGUGGACAACAGCUGCAGUAGUUCACCACACACACACUCACACACACACACACACACAUUUUAUGGAUACCAAGCGCUGUCACACACCAGAACAGAGAGGCUCAGUAACAAGUCAUGUCCCACCUCAGAAGCAGCGCCAAGAAGGACACCAAGAAGGACACCAAGAUGAGGAUUCAAGCCUUUCCCGUGGAGCUGGACGAGGUGUACGUGAACAGCAUCUGGGACCUCCUGAAGAACGCCGUCCAGGACAUCCAGAGGAAGAAGAGCUGCAGGCCAGAGUUCGAGGUGCUGUACAGGAACGCUUACAUCAUGGUCAUACAAAAACACGGAGAGAAGCUCUACGCGGGUCUGAGGGACGUCGUCACCGAACACCUCAUCCUCAAAGUAGCUGGAGAUGUUCUAAACUCUGUAAAUAACAACUUCCUUCAAACCCUGAUCCAGGCCUGGAACGACCACCACACGGCCAUGGUGAUGAUCAGGGACAUCUUCAUGUACAUGGACCGCGUCUACGUCCAGCAGAACAACGUGGAGAACGUGUACAACCUCGGCCUCAUCAUAUUCAGAGACAAGGUGGUUCACUUUGGCUGCAUCCGCGACCGCCUGCAACACACACUCCUGGACAUGAUUGCGCGUGAGAGGAGCGGGGAGGUUGUAGACAGAGGGGCCAUCAGAAACGCCUGCCAGAUGCUGAUGUUCCUCAGCCUGGAUGGCAGGUCUGUGUACGAGGAAGACUUUGAAGUUCCCUUUUUGUUCGUCUCGGCCGAGUUCCUGCAGAUGGAGAGCCAGAAGUUGCUGGCUGAAAACAGCGCCAGUGUCUAUAUAAAGAAGGUGGAGGCCCGGAUCAGCGAGGAGACGGAGCGGGUUGUACACUGCUUAGACAGGUCCACGGAGGAGCCCAUUGUCAAGGUGGUGGAAUGGGAACUCAUCUCCAAACACAUGAAGACCAUCGUGGAGAUGGAGAACUCCGGGCUCAUCCACAUGGUCAAGAACAGCCGGACCGAGGACAUGGCCUGCAUGUACAAGCUGUUCAGCCGCGUACCCAACGGCCUGAAAACCAUCUGUGACUGCAUCAGCUCCUACCUGAGGGAGUUGGGCAGAGCUCUGGUGUCAGAAGACGGCGAGGGGAAAAACCCCGUGGACUUCAUCCAGAACAUGCUGGACCUGAAGGCCCAGUUUGACCAUUUGCUCCACGAGUCCUUCAACAAUGACAAACUCCUGAAACAGAGCACUGCCAGUGACUUUGAAUAUUUCUUCAACCUGAACUAUCACUCUCCGGAGUACUUGUCGCUCUUCAUUGAUGACAAGCUAAAGAAAGGAGCUAAGUGGUUAGCAGAACAGGAGGUGGAAUCGAUUCUUGACAAGACCAUGGUGCUGUUCAGGUUCCUGCAGGAGAAGGACGUGUUUGAGCGCUACUACAGGCUACACCUGGUGAAACGGUUGCUGAGCAAGAGCAGAGAGGAUCACGAGAAGAACAUGGUCUCCAGGCUGAAGACGGAGUGUGGCUUCAAUUUCACCUCCAAACUGGAGGGGAUGCUAAGAGACAUGACUAUCUCUGACACGACCAUGGACGAGUUCAUGCAGCACAUGCAGACCUCGGCGUCCCUGCGCGGGCUGGACAUUAAAGUGAGCGUGCUCACGUCAGUCUACUGGCCGGUUCAGUGCAUAAACCCCCGAUGUAACCUCCCCCCCGUCCCCCGCUACGCCUACGAGGUCUUUAAGCAGUUCUACUUGGCCAAGCACAGCGGCAGGCAACUCACCCUGCAGCCUCACCUGGGCGUGGCAUCGGUGAACGCAAUUUUUUACGGCACCUUUGAAAAGGAGCACAUACUGCAGGUGUCCACCUACCAGAUGACCAUACUCAUGCUCUUCAACAACAAGGAGAAGUUCACCUACCAGGAGAUCCUGCAGGAGUCCGACAUCCCGGAGCGUGAGCUCCUGCCAGCUCUGCAGUCCCUGAUCUACGGUAAGCCGACGCAAAAGAUUCUCUCCAAGGAGCCAAAGGCCAAGGAAAUAGAAAACGACCACGUGUUUACGGUCAAUGACGGCUUCACUUCCAAACUGCGCAGAGUGGAGAUACUGCCCGUAGCUGCCAAACAGGGCGAAUCAGACCCCGAGAAGAGGGAGACGCGGCAGAAAGUGGACGAUGACAGGAAGUACGAGAUAGAGGCUGCAAUCGUUCGAAUUAUGAAGUCGAGGAAAGAGAUGCAUCAGAACGACCUGGUGGCCGAGGUGACGCUGCAGCUCCAGGCGCGCUUUCCUCCCAGCCCCGUAGUCAUCAAGAGGAGAAUAGAAGGACUCAUAGAGAGGGAGUACAUGGCAAAGAUGCCCGAAGAUCCCAAAGUUUACAUCUAUGUUGCAUAGAAAAGAAGCUGGAAAAACACAUAGUCCUGAUCUGGGAACUGAGAUUUGCGGAGCUAAGACAGACUUGAUGGACACGGGUCCAUUAAUUCAGUCGUUUGACUGACAUAGACGUGUCCCUUUCUGAGGGAAAUAUACCUAAAUAUGGUCAAAUAUGUGAGAUUAAUGUUGAUUAAUGAAGUAAAUCAUGACGUGAAUUAAUGAGGGUGUGAUGAAUUGUUUGAUCUCCAAGUGUUAACAUGCUGCAAAUGUCGACCAGACAUUAUAAACAAAGAA